AUGGAAAAAUCUUGGGAUGAUGGAUUUCCUGACAAAUGGAUGGCUUUCCUAUCUCGCAAUCUCUGGAAUGUCCAGUCUAAUUUGCGAAAUGCACUUGCAGAAUGUGAGACAGGUUCUAGCAGAAAACCUGUUCCAAUGACUUAUCAAAACUUUGCUAGCGGUAUUUAUCAAACUUACUGCCGAAAUUGGUGUGACGCACCGGGUGAUGAUGUAUUCGUCGAAAUGAAUGACACUUUCUUUGCCAAAUGUGCAAUUGUCGUUUUGAAAGACCAUGGUCUCUUCUCCACAUUUAUUCCAAGCUGGGUGUUCAACGUCGUGAAUGAGGAAUUUUUCAGUCUCCUACACCAGUACAUGAACUAUCUCACUGGCAAUCCACUUUCUUUAGUGCAACUAUGUAGAAAGGCUCUUUCAAGCAAUGGUUCAUCUCUACUAAUUAAUCUUUUCCGCACCAUUGAAAGGCAAGAUAUCAGAGAGUGUUUGUUUCAUAUGUGUUAUCCAGAGUAG